UUAACAAAAGUCAAUUUUUAUAUAGGAUGAUCAACAGUUUUCUCGUAUCUCUUUAUUACAAUAUACAUUAUGAAAUUGAUUUAAUAGGUUUUUAUUUGAUUUGUUUAUAAAAAUAACCAACCGAUACAGACGGGAUCGAGGAAAAAGGUCAAUUUGAUGAGUCGCUCAGUAGCUCGUGAUAAGGGAUUCUCCCAUGUCUCUAUCUUUUUUUUUUCUGUCUAUCGAUAUUAUUUUAUCUCACGUACAUGUAUCUACAAUAAAAAAGAGAGAGAGAGAGAGAGAGCUUCACGAAGCUCUUCUUCUUCAUGGGAGCCUUAGAAAAGGUCAAGUUGGUUCGUGUGCAAGGUUGAAAGACAGACGUGUCGUCGUUUAGAAGCCACGUUGGCUCCUUGUUAUCAGGAUUCUACCAAUCAUAAGACGAGAAGUCUUUGUGAAUCGAGCAUAUCUUUCCACUAAAGCGCUACCGAUCUCAUUUAUAUCAGUAAUCAGUAAUCAGUAAUAAUCGUUCUAUCUUUUUAAGCGCAUGCUGCUUUCUUGAAAAGCAGCUGUUGUUCUCUUUAUUGUCGUUUAUUUUUUCAACUGAGUAGUAGUAUAGUCUUUACCAUUUAGCAAAUUACAGGUACGUUAAUAACAAUUUGUUAAUAGGAGGAUUAUUUAAUUAAAUAGAAAAGAAAGAGUUUUUUUUUAGAGUAUAUUAAUAAUAAUUGAUGUUCAAUAAUUAGGAUGUGGAUGUUGAUAAUUAGCGGACUUGAGAUGUUCGUUAGCGCUUAUGCUGUUGAUAAUAAAGUUGUAUCCGAUAAUAUUGACAAUAUGGAAGAAAAUCAGGGUGGUUUUCCUGAAGGAAAACUUCCUAGUCCUCAACAGCUGUUAGAGAUGCUUGACUCAAUGACCGGCAUUUCCGAGGAAGAAAAAAACAACUUAAGGGAAGAUUUGAUGAAGACUAUUGAAGGUCGUGGCGCGGAUUUUCAACAAAUGUCCGCUACUCGCGAUCUAACCGGUCAAACUCUCAUUUUGUUGUCAUUGCUUGCCAUCGUGGCUCUUAUUUUUGUAUUCUUCGUCUAUAAACUCUUCAAAUGCUUGAAGGAACGUGAGCAGAAAAAAGAAGAGAAAAAGAAGAACAAACAGUCGAAGAAGAAAAAGUAGCAUAUAGGCAAAUCUUUGAAUUUGAUGACUAAACAAGUCGACUGGAAUGAAUGAGUACAAAAAUUCUGCUUUCUAUUCGAAUCAAAAUGAUGAUUUAUAUAUACAAACAAAAAUAUAAUGUUACGAGUACGUUUACUUUUUACGAAUGAUCAUAUUUGGUCUUAACGUGUCAAAUGAUGAUCAAGUCAAUUGAAAUUUUAUUGUCAUUAUUAUGUUUUUUUUGUUUUUUUUCUAAAUAAAGUAAUAUAUUUAUG